GACCUAGCAGAGUCUGUGUCAGGAUUCUGCAGCUACCAUUGGGGGGAGGGAGCUUUGGAGCUGCUGUAGACAAUCCUCAGCUAAGGAUUUUUUUCUUUUUGCAUUUGUACUGUUUACUGGCUCUUUCUCUUUUUUUUGCCUGCAGUCGAUCUGGAAGAUCUUAAAAUGUGUGGAUCUGCAAGUGUAUCACACCAGGGGCCACAAUGUUAUCGAGGGAGAUGCAAAUAAGGUCUACAGCAGCCUCUCUGACAAACACACAGCUUUGCAUUACAAAUUUGAGUUGAUCCUCGCCUCUCUUGCUGUUUUUUUUCUCUCUCUACCCUUUACCCGGACUCCCUUCUUCUUCUUGCAUUAGACUUGGGAGUGUGUUGCAGUUUACUUCUAUUGCAAUGUGUGCUAUUUGCAAGUGCAGGGAAAUGUUGACUUGAUGUUGGGUGCUUAAAGGAGAGCCGCCUCCUGUCCCAAGGAGUUCCUACAACCUCUCGGAUCCAAGGCUAACCUUUUUCUUCUGCAUAAAUCCCAGGACUGUAAGGAAAACUAUUUAACCCCUUCUCAAGAAAAAAAAAAACUAAACCAACGACCCUGCAAAAACAAAAACAACCCUUGGAUCAAACACUAGAUCUGAAAAUGAAUGAUACAGACCUCGUCCCUCAAUGAAGCUGCACAUUUCUAACUGGAUUCAUUAAGGAAUAUAAAGAAAAGAUUGAGAAAUCAAUAAUGGUGUUUAUUGGAAGCAGGAUGCAAAUCCAUUGGCUCUUUCUUGCAAUCGCCAUGUUGCAAUGCACAGAAGCUUUUACCCGGGCAGCAUUACCGUUUGGACUAGUACGGAGGGAACUUGCUUGUGAGGGAUAUUCUAUCGAUCUCCGAUGUCCAGGAAGUGAUGUCAUUAUGAUUGAAAGUGCCAAUUAUGGUCGUACAGAUGACAAGAUCUGUGAUGCUGACCCCUUUCAGAUGGAGAACACAAAUUGUCAUCUUCCAGAUGCGUAUAAAAUUAUGUCUCAGAGAUGCAACAAUCGAACACAAUGUUCUGUGAUCACAGGAGCAGAUGCGUUCCCUGAUCCUUGCCCUGGGACUUACAAAUACUUGGAGGUUCAAUAUGAAUGUGUUCCCUACAUUUUUGUUUGCCCUGGGAUAUUGAAGGCAGUCGUGGAUUCUCCGUAUAUUUUUGAAGCUGAGCAAAAAGCUGGUGCUUGGUGCAAAGACCCUCUUCAAGCAGCAGAUAAAAUAUAUUUCAUGCCAUGGACUCCAUAUCGUACGGAUACAUUGACUGAAUUUGCCUCAUUGCAGGACUUCCAAAAUGGUCGCCAGACCACAACCUAUAAACUUCCUAAUAGGGUAGAUGGAACUGGAUUUGUGGUUUAUGAUGGUGCAGUUUUUUUUAACAAAGAAAGAACCAGGAAUGUUGUAAAAUUUGACUUGAGGACUAGAAUCAAGAGUGGAGAGGCAAUUAUUAAUACUGCCAAUUACCAUGACACCUCUCCUUAUAGAUGGGGAGGAAAAACAGAUAUUGACUUGGCUGUUGAUGAAAAUGGAUUAUGGGUAAUAUAUGCUACUGAACAAAAUAAUGGAAUGAUUGUGAUCAGUCAGCUAAAUCCAUACACUCUCCGCUUUGAAGGAACAUGGGAAACAUCAUAUGACAAACGUGCAGCAUCAAAUGCUUUCAUGAUAUGUGGAGUUCUCUAUGUAGUUCGAUCGGUGUAUCAAGAUAACGAAAGUGAAACUGGAAAAAAUUCAAUAGACUACAUCUUCAAUACCAAAAUGAGCAGAGGAGAAUCUGUUGAUAUACCUUUUCCUAAUCAGUAUCAAUAUAUUGCUGCAGUGGAUUAUAAUCCCCGAGAUAACCAGCUGUACGUUUGGAAUAACAACUUUAUCCUAAGAUAUUCUCUUGAGUUUAUUCUUCAGGAUUUUUCCCAAGUGCCUACAACCGCAAUGACAGAAACGCCUUCUGCAAAGCAAUAUGAAACAACCGUAUCUACCACCACCACAACUACCCAGAAAGCCCUCAUUAGCACAACAUUAGCGGCCGGUACCAAGGAAGGAAGUAAAGGCCCAAAACCUCCACCAGUAGUGUCUACCACAAAAAAUACUCCAUUAACAAGUGUUUUCCCUCUCCCGGAGCGAUUUUGUGAAGCCAGGGAAGCAAGGGGGAUCAAUUGGCCCCAAACUCAAAGAGGAAUGAUUGUUGAACGCCCAUGUCCCAAAGGAAUUUUAGGGACAGCAUCUUACCUCUGUAUGACCUCCACUGGAACAUGGAAUCUCAGGGGCCCAGAUCUUAGUAAUUGUACCUCACACUGGGUAAAACAGCUAGCUCAAAAGAUCAGAAGUGGAGAAAAUGCUGCUAGCCUUGCCAAUGAAUUAGCAAAGCAUACUAAGGGUCCAGUUUUUGCUGGAGAUGUCAGUUCAUCAGUAAGACUCAUGGAACAACUAGUUGAUAUUCUUGAUGCCCAGCUACAAGAGUUGAAGCCUAGCGAAAAGGAUUCAGUUGGGCGCAGUUAUAACAAGCUACAAAAGCGAGAGAAGACUUGCAGGGCUUAUCUUAAGGCUAUUGUGGACACAGUCGACAACCUGCUGAGACCCGAAGCUCUGGAAUCUUGGAAGGACAUGAAUUCUUCAGAGCAAGCUCAUGCCGCAACAAUGUUACUUGAUACGCUAGAAGAAGGUGCCUUUGUUUUGGCUGACAACCUAGCAGAUCCAACGAGAGUCUCAAUGCCCACAGAAAAUAUUAUUCUAGAGGUUGCUGUUCUCAGUACAGAAGGCCAGGUGCAGGAGUUGAAAUUUCCUCAAGGCAAUAAAGGAGGCAAUUUGAUCCAGCUCUCUGCAAAUACUGUCAAACAGAACAGCAGGAAUGGGUUUGCAAAACUGGUGUUCAUUCUUUACAAAAGUCUUGGCCAAUUUCUCAGCACUGAUAAUGCCACUAUAAAACUUGGAUCCGAAUUAGCUGGUCGAAACAGCACUAUUGCGGUUAACUCUCAUGUUAUCGCAGCCUCGAUAAACAAAGAAUCUAGUCGAGUGUAUCUAACCGAUCCAGUAAUUUUUACCCUGGAACACAUUGACCCUAACAAUUACUUUAAUGCCAAUUGCUCUUUUUGGAACUAUUCGGAGAGGACUAUGAUGGGAUAUUGGUCCACUCAAGGGUGUAGGCUAGUUGAAACUAAUAAAACUCACACAACCUGUUCCUGCAGCCACUUAACCAAUUUUGCAAUCCUCAUGGCUCACAGAGAAAUCGUGUACACGGAUCGUGUCCACGAGUUACUGCUCACUGUCAUCACAUGGGUGGGAAUAGUCAUCUCUCUCGUUUGCCUUGCUAUCUGUAUCUUUACCUUCUGUUUCUUCCGUGGCCUACAAAGCGAUCGCAACACAAUCCAUAAGAAUCUUUGUAUCAACCUUUUCAUCGCUGAAUUCCUCUUCUUGAUAGGCAUUGACAAGACAGACUAUAUUAUCGCUUGUCCAAUUUUUGCUGGGCUACUCCACUUUUUCUUUCUGGCUGCCUUUGCUUGGAUGUGUUUAGAAGGUGUCCAGCUGUACCUCAUGCUAGUGGAAGUUUUUGAAAGUGAAUAUACAAGAAAAAAAUAUUAUUAUGUGGCUGGCUAUCUGUUCCCUGCUACUGUUGUUGGCGUCUCAGCAGCUAUUGACUACAAAAGCUACGGAACCGAUAAAGCGUGCUGGUUACGAAUAGACAAUAACUUUAUCUGGAGCUUUAUUGGACCUGUUGCAUUCAUUAUUGGGCUAAAUAUCAUCUUCCUGGUGAUUACAUUGUGCAAAAUGGUGAAACACUCCAACACCCUAAAACCAGAUUCCAGUCGAUUGGAAAACAUUAAGUCAUGGGUCCUUGGUGCUUUUGCCCUUCUUUGUCUGCUCGGUCUUACAUGGUCAUUUGGUCUGUUGUUUAUCAAUGAGGAGACUGUUGUGAUGACAUACCUGUUCACAGUCUUUAACGCUUUCCAGGGAAUGUUUAUUUUUAUAUUUCACUGUGCCCUUCAAAAGAAAGUGCGUAAAGAAUACAGUAAAUGUUUCAGACACUCGUAUUGCUGCGGUGGUCUUCCAACCGAGAGCCCCCACAGUUCUGUGAAAGCGUCGACUACAAGAACUAGUGCUCGCUAUUCCUCUGGCACACAGAGUCGAAUCAGAAGGAUGUGGAAUGACACAGUGCGAAAACAGUCAGAAUCGUCCUUUAUCUCAGGUGAUAUCAACAGCACGUCUACUCUUAAUCAAGGAAUGACUGGCAAUUAUCUACUAACAAACCCUCUUCUACGACCCCACGGCACUAACAAUCCCUAUAACACAUUGCUCGCUGAAACAGUUGUAUGUAAUGCCCCUUCUGCUCCAGUGUUUAACUCACCAGGACAUUCAAUGAACAAUGCCAGGGAUUCAAGUGCCAUGGAUACUCUACCGCUAAAUGGUAAUUUCAACAACAGCUACUCUCUUCGAAAUGGAGAUUACAGUGAUGGCGUGCAAGUUGUUGAUUGUGGACUAAGUCUGAAUGACACUGCAUUUGAAAAAAUGAUUAUUUCAGAACUAGUACAUAACAACCUCCGGUGCAGCAGUAAGAACCACAAUUUAGAGAGGACCCUACCAGUUAAAGCUGUUAUUGGCGGUAGUAGUAGUGAAGAUGAUGCUAUUGUAGCUGAUGCUUCAUCUUUAAUGCAUGGAGAUAACCAAGGCCUGGAACUUCACCAUAAAGAGUUGGAGGCCCCACUUAUUCCACAACGGACUCACUCUCUUCUGUACCACCCACAGAAGAAAGUGAAGACCGAAGGAACCGACAGCUAUGUGUCGCAGUUGACAGCAGAUGCUGAAGACAAUCUCCAAUCCCCCAACAGAGACUCUCUCUAUACUAGUAUGCCCAAUCUACGGGACUCUCCAUACCCUGAGAGUAGCCCUGAUGUUGAAGAAGAUCUAUCUCCAUCAAGGAAAAGUGAAAAUGAGGACAUAUACUAUAAAAGCAUGCCAAAUCUUGGAGCUGGCCAUCUACAGAUGUACUAUCAGAUAAGCAGAGGCAAUAGUGAUGGUUACAUUAUACCCAUAAACAAAGAAGGCUGCAUCCCAGAAGGGGAUGUCCGAGAAGGACAAAUGCAGUUAGUCACAAGUCUUUAAUAGAGAUUGAGGAGUGCAGAAUGGUCUUGUGCAGGUACUAAAGACUGAGGCCACGUCAUUUCCUAUUGACUGACAUCUUAGUGUGACCUAUGUUCUCCCUUGUGCAGGAGAUUAAUGGACUUUUCAGUUCUGUGAAUUUUUUUAUAAAGAAAAAAAAAAAAAAACUUUGUAUAUACACAGAGUAUACUAAAAUAUUUGUUACAAAGCAAAGAGGUACCAACAUGGUAUUUAAAAUAUCUGCUGCUGCCAAUUUAAUGACUAUAGUGAAUCAAUCUCUUCAGCCAUUGUAUUGCAGCAGCUGCCGAACUUAAUUUGUAAAUAUGGCUGCCCUUUUGUGAGGCUUGCAUUGUAUUAUAUACAAGAUGCAGGCUCUAAAAUCCUGUGGGAUAGAUUUACUGUACCUUACUGUUUCUGACAAGUCUUGGAUGCAGGAUCUUUUUUUCCCCCUGCUUAGGCAUUUGCAGUUCACUGCAAGUCUUUCCAUUAAGGCAAAGAUUGAAAACAUGUCUAACCACUAGCAAUCAAGCCACUGGCCUUACUUCUUAUGUUUUCUCAACUGUACAAUGAACUGUUAUCAUGAUAAAAAUGGCGAAAUAAAUUAUAUUUUGUUCUA